AAAUUAUUAAUUUUUUUUUUCAGUUCGAGAUAUGAGACAACGGGUUGAGUUUCUCAGACUUCGACUUUACCCUUAUCCUUGGCCUUAUCUUCCUUCCUAUCCGUCCGUGUCUUGUCGACGACGACGACGACAACGACGUCCACUACAGGAAGAAUGCCCUACGCGACGCCUACGCUCUCCUCCCCAGUGUUGACCCACCAUUCUCAAGGUCGUCCUGGCCAUCGUCGCUCCUACUCCUCCUCUCCCUCCGUCAGCUUUUCCAAUGAACGCGGUCCAGGCGCAUUCGCUGGCCUGGGCACCCUUCCUCGUCGUCAAUCCCCUGGAAUCUCAAUAAACACGGCUCCCAAAUUCCAUCUCAACACCAGCAGCGGCUCAUCAAGCUCAGAUUCUGGCGACGAGGACGGCCAUCCUCCGCCUCUCAAACUUAAAAAACCCGUCAGCCCUUCCUUUGGCGGCGUACCCUUCCCCAAAAGCUCUCCUCUCAGCUCCCCCGUACCCGGUGACAACCACGACCGAGGUCUCUUGAGUCCCCUUUCUGGUCUCCAAACCCACAUCACCGGUUUCCAAUCUCCCUCCCCACGUGAUUCCCCUCUUGCAUCCCCUAAACCAAGUCCUCUCGCGAGCCAAACUCAUCUAGCUCCACCCCUCCUUCGACCUUCACCAUCGAGAACCACGAGCAGCCCGAUCCUGUUGUCCAAUGGGAAACCCCUCAAGAGUUCGUUGAAAAGCUCGUCCAGUACGAGUAACAUUCCUGUUCAUCAUCAACAUCACCCUCACCACCCACACUUACUACACCCCAACGGUAGUCAACCCACACAUCUCCACCACCACCACCACCUCCGAGCUCAAUCUGCCCCUAGUACACCCCGGGAAGAUACUAUCACCACCAUCACCACCACCCAACAGCAACCUGAACCCUCAAUCCCCAACCCACCAUCAACCCCAUCAUCCGCAUCCACAUCACUUACCAACUCACCCACUGCCACACCCAAAAACGUUCAUUUCCCAUCGUUACCCACGGAUUUAGAACACAUAAGAGUGUUUAACAAGUCUGCGAAGCCUAUUUCGUUCCUUCGUCGGUCUUCGGAUGCGUCGAGGGGACCGAACGGGCAAAUACAUGGUGUGGGCAAUCUUUCAGAGGUUGAGGGACCGGAAACGGAGACGGAGACGGAGACGGAUAGGGAUCAGGUGGGAGGGAGUGGGAAGGCUUGGGUGAAUGGGUAUAUCAGGGGGUGGGGUGUUGGAGGAGGGUCUGCUUCUGGGUCUGGUGCUGGUGAUCGUAUGGGAGCAGGAGCAGGAGGGAGUGCGAGUGCAUUCCCGUUUCCUAGGGUACCUAGUCCACCACGAGAAGAAGUGAGAGAGACGUUGGAGCUCGAGUUGAAAGAGGGAUAUACGGUCCCGUCGUCGAUGGGUGGUGGUACUCACCCGAAUGCGGUUGUGAUGUUGGAGAAUGUGGAGAUGAAGUCGAGGGAGUUGAAGUCACUCAAGUUGGAAUUGACGGUGUUGGUGAGGAAUGUGGCGUAUGAGAAGCAGGUUGUGUUUAGGUUUACGAUGGAUGAAUGGGCUACGACGUCUGAGGUGGGAGGUAAAUAUCUGCAGUCUGUUUAUUCGACUGGGGGUACUAGUCUUAGUCGGAGUCAGGCGAAGACGGUGGGUGAUGUGAUUGGAGCGUUGGGGGGUGGGGAAACGGGGCUUGCGCAUUCGAGAUGUGUUAGUGAGAGUGCUUUGGACACUCCGCCACCGUAUGACAGGUUCCUGAUAACGAUAUCUUUAUCCGACUAUUUACACCUCGAAAAUCGGGUGAUGUGGGGUGUGGUUAGGUAUACCUGUCCUGGGAAGGGAGAGUGGUGGGAUAAUAAUGGGGGAAAGAACUUUAGGAUUGGAUGGAAGAAGGUGAAGUUGCCGGUGCCUGUGACGCCGUCUACUUCUUCGAAUUCGACGACGGCGACGACGGCGCAGCAAACGGGGAGGGAACGCAAAGCGGGAGUUGGAGUGGGGAGAAGUCUAAGUGCACCUCCUGCACCUCCUGCUUCUGUUGUCACCACGACCGCCACUACCCCAACUACGAUGACGCCGCCGAAACCGGAUGUGGAUGUGGUGAAAGCGCAAGCGUUGCAACAACGGUUGAGUGGGUUUAGUUUGAGGAAUUAUGUGAGGCCUGGGACUGGGAGUUCACCUCCUUUGGGGAAGAAGGAAGGGAUUGGGUUGUAUUGGCCUUGGGGGUCGACUCAGGCUCGGGAUGUUCGUGCUGGAGUGAAAGUUGAGGAAAAAAGUGAUCGGAUUGCGUCGCCGUCGUCGUCGUCGUCUCCGGUUGUUACGCCUGGUGGAAGUGCGAGUGUUGAAGUGCUACCGCCGCCUUUGCCUCUGCCUCAGGGGACGGAUUAUUUCAGUCCUUCUGCCCCUAGUGUUACGGGACCUACUCCUACUCCUACCACGCCUUCGUCUUCUCGAACGUCUUCGAUGUCUUCGACUACAAGUGAUGUUCCGAGUUUGGUUCGUGGGUAUGAUGGUCUUCGGGAUGGGGAUGGCGUGGAGAGUAGUACGAGUUCGAGUUCGGAGAGUUUGGAUAGUUUGAUGUUUGGUGGUUCAUCACACUCGUUGACGAGUUUCAAACCCCAUACACGGUUGGUAUAUGGGUCUCCUGGUGAUAGUGUUGGGAUACAUGAUGCGGAUAUUGGGUCUGGGUAUCGGCCUGGUGGGUUUGGAAGGGGGAGUCAUGGUGGGCUGGGGGAGGAUACGGUGAAGGAAGAGGAGGAGGAGGAGGAGGAGGAAAAGAUGCAAAUGAAGACGGAGGCGAGGAAGGGGGCGGAGAGCUUGAUGCCACCGUCGAUAUCGAUAUCACCCCUCGCUUCUCCGUUAUCACCUCUUUCACCUGCAUCUCCUUCGUCGCCGUCGCUUUCGAGUGGGAGUGGGAGUGAGACGGAGAGACCGUUGUCGUCUUCGCCGGACGUUUCUUCUUCUUCUUCGCUUGAGAUGGGCAGUGAGAAUGGGGCAACAUCGGCGUUGGGAUCGACGUUGACGACGAUACCAGUACCAGCGACGACGGUGGUGGUUCCAUCGAAUGGGAAUGGGAAUGGAGAAUCGGAGAUGUUGUACAAGGCGUUUGUGAAGCAGUGGUGUUUUGUUGAGAGUCCGAGGGGUGGGACGCCUGUUAUGAGUCCUAAACCUAAUGGCGAUGUUGGUGCUGGUGUGUUGGGUGGGGAGGGGAUGAAAGUGAAAGUGUGAGGGGGGAGGGGUUAUGCUAUGAUGAUGAACGGAACGAUGAGGAAUGGGAUCUUACGAUUGCGGACAAUAGGCGAUACGAAUACGAACACGACACAGCACACAACACACAACACACUCCCUUUGUUUUCGUGCUUUUUGGGUAUCCUUUUUUAUUAUUACUAUACGAUUAUGUUGCUACUCACUCAUCCCCUCCACCACCUUCUCAUCUCUUGGCUACUCAUUCACCCCCACCCCCUGCGAAACGACUCGUUAGACACGGUUUUCCAAAAAAGAGUCGACGUAUACUUGUUUCCUUUUUUUGCUUGUCUAAUCUGUACGUUUAUAUGGUGUAUCUCUAUCUCAAGACUACUUUUCUUCAACUUCUUUUCUUUUUUUUUCGUUAUACGCACACACCCCACCAUCUCACCCCAUAUCUCACUCCACAUGUCACCCACUUUACCAUCAUGGACACGGUUUUUUUCAACGCAACAAAACGCAACGCACUUUGUCCUGAUCCCCAUACUUGUUUUUUUUUUUUUCUCCUUGCUUACUUACUUAACCCCCUCACCCCCUCGUCUAUGCAAUGCCAAAAAGAUUUUAUC